AGCUCCAUGAAAGCAGUGUGUGUGUUUGUGUGUGUUUGUACUGGUUGUUACAGCACCGUGCGAGAUUUAAUGCACAUCAUCUCAGUUACUCCGAGCUUUAAUGUGGCUUUUCCUCUGAUCCCGCGCUGUCUUUGGAGGAUCACCUGCGAGUGAAUCAAGACACUCGCAACACCUGAAGUCUCUCUGAACCGCAUCAUUACUGCAGCUGGAUUGUUGGAGCUAAAAUGGGGAGGUGGUGGUGGUUGGUGUGUCUGUGCCUCACUGCUCUUGCUGACAGAACUCAACAAAACUCGAUGAGCUGCGAAGGAGUGCGCAAAAUUCUGCAGCAGAUCAGCAUGACAGACGGUGUACCAAAGAGACCUGGGACAGGGUCGGAUCUUCAGGUGUGUAUUAGCAGCAGUGCGACCUGCUGCACAAGGAAGGUGGAGGAGGGGUUCCAGACAACAGUCCAUCAGGACAUCCAGAACCUUUUGCAGACGUUCAGCUCGAACCUGAAGCUCCUCAUCACACAAAAUAUCGCCGCCUUACAAGACAUGGAGGACUUGUUGGUGCGUGAAGUGAAGACUCACACUUUGUCCCAGCUGAGAGUUCAGUAUGGUGACCUCGCAUCACGCGCUUCCUCUGCAGUCUCUGAGCUCUUCACUGAUGUUGGUCUCUUUUUGAUGGGGGCGGAGCUUAACCUGGAAUACACAGUACAUCGUUUUUUCCAUGCUCUUUUUCCAUUGGUGUAUGACCAACUUGAGGAGCCAGGCGUGCCACCUUUGGAUCCCGUCUACCGAGAGUGUGUGCGGUCAGUCGGACAUCACAGAGCAGUGUUUGCUAAUGCCACCAAACACCUGGCGUUGCUGCUUUACCAGGCCUCGUUGGCAGAGCGCGUGUUUCAACAGUCCCUGCACCUGGCCGUUGAGGUCAUCAACACCACAGACCACGCUCGGCCGAGCCGCGAGUGCCGUCGUGCACUCAUGCGCAUGCGGUACUGCCCACUGUGCCAGGCCCUGACGGACAGCAAGCCAUGCAUGGGCUACUGCCUGAACGUGCUGCGCGGCUGCCUGGCCAGUCUGGCCGAAGUCGACACCCACUGGCAGGACUUUGUUCGCUCGCUGGAGGCACUUGCAGCACGCAUGCAGGAAGGGAAGGGGCUCGAGCAUGUACUCACCUUAAUCCCACCUCUAAUCACAGAUGCCGUAUCCUACGCAAGAAAGAACGCUGCAAGAAUCACUUCACAGGUUCGUAAUGUGUGUGGAGAACCUGUACGUGCUGGUCCUGUCCAGCAGGGCGGCGCUAAUGACUCAUUACACCUUCAAACUCCUGAGAGAAACCCAGAGGACACGUUGAAUCGCAGGAGACAGGAAUUCCUUAGCUCUUUGCGGCACUACCGGGCGUUUUAUGGAGGUUUGGCUGAUCAAAUGUGUGUUAGAGAGCUGGCAUCAACUGAUGGACACACGUGCUGGAACGGAAACGACGUUGUCAAGAGUUAUACAAAGCGAGUUGUGGGCAGUGGGAUACGAGCCCAGGCACAAAACCCAGAAGUUCGGGUAAAGGAGGCUGAUCCUGUCAUCAACCAGGUGAUCGACAAGCUGAAGCACAUCAACCAGCUCCUACAGGGACAUCUUAUCCCAAAUGUGGACACUGUGGACGAGCCUGAGAUGGGCAGCGGGGACAAGGACAUGGUGUUUAGUGGAGAAUGUGAUGAUGAAGAUGGCUGCUGGGGGUCUGGUGAUGGAGCUGGCGAAACCCACACCAUUAAAUCACCCGGAUUGAGUAAUGAAAACCCACAGCAUGGCUCACACACACAAGUUGCUGGACACACAACUCAGGCUUCGGGCUGCAGGAUCACACACGGCGCUGUGUUCCUUCUCAGUGCAGUGCACACACUGCUCAUGGUAUGGACGUAACACCUGAACACACUCCGGCCCCUGAACGUGGAUGUAGUAAAGACUUUUGUUCUUCUCUCUUCUUAUAUUAUAUAUUUCCUCUAACCCAUGGCACAUUUUCAAGCCAACUCUAACACUUGCUCCGUGCCGAUAACUCCUUUGCAUUAGGGGCCCUCUGGAGUCAACGAGGGUGGAAAGUAAAGAACCCUGAGAUGUUCCUGACAUUCCCUUUCAGCCGAGGGCAGAUUUAAACGGUGCAGGUGAUGAUUAAGGGGGCGGGGCUAUGCUCCUGAGGGAGGAUGAUUGACAGGUGGAGGGCACACGGCUGACCCACAGCUUCUGACAGGGAUUUAAAAGGAGAAUGGAGGAAAGAAAACACAGGGAGUGUUCUGGAACACAGAUUUUAACUGAUUUCAUCUGCUGUUUUUAAAUAUA